AUGUACAUAAACGAUUGGGAAGAGUUUUACGAUAAAUCAGAACAAUUAUAUAGACAAGAUCCAAAAAGAACAAGAUUUGUAUUUAAAUUUAGACAUAUUGAAAGCAAAGUAGUUUUAAAAGUUACAAAUGAUACAGUAAAUCUUCAAUAUCAAACAGACAAAGAAGAUGAUUUCCAAAAAAUUGAACAAAUUAAUUCAUUAUUUUUUAGAAUUAUGACAGAACAAUAA